AUAUCUACACCGUCAAAAUUGAACGAACCAUUGAUUUUCUAAUAUUUUGGGCUCUCUCUCCUCGUGGUUCAUACUCCCACGAGACAACUUCCACGCUAGAGAAUCUCCUCCUCGAUCCUCUCCGCUGCACUUUUUCUCUUCUCACCUUCACAUAGUGAAAAUUUGCCAUUCUCGUUACUAACAAAUGGAUCAUGAAGAAGAAGGAAGUGGUUUGAAAAUGAAGGCAAUGGACGCUGAGCAGUUGAGAGAGCAAGCUCAUAUAAUGGUUGACUUCAUUGCUGAUUACUACAAAACUAUCGAAACUUUCCCUGUUCUCAGCCAAGUUCAGCCAGGUUAUCUUGGAAAGCUUCUACCAGAUUCUGCUCCUACAUACCCUGAAUCAUUGCAACAUGUUUUGAAUGAUGUACAGGAAAAGAUACUACCAGGGGUGACACAUUGGCAAAGCCCUAACUAUUUUGCAUAUUUUCCUGCCAAUAGCAGCAUUGCUGGUUUUUUAGGAGAGAUGCUUAGUGCCGCUCUCAACAUUGUCGGCUUCAGCUGGAUAACUUCUCCUGCUGCAACUGAACUCGAGACCAUUGUUCUCGACUGGCUCGCCAAGGCUCUCCUUCUGCCUCAUCAUUUCUUUUCAACUGGGCAAGGGGGUGGAGUUAUACAGGGAACAGCUAGUGAAGCAGUGCUUGUUGUAUUGUUGGCUGCCCGUGACAAGAUCCUUCGGACAGUCGGAAGGAGUGCCCUUCCUAAGCUUGUAACUUAUGGAUCUGACCAAACACACUCUUCUUUACAAAAAGCCUGCCAGAUAGGUGGACUUGAUCCAGAGCUUUGCAGGUUGCUUAAAACCGAUUCUUCUACAAACUUUGCGCUUUCCCCUGAUGUACUUUCUGAAGCAAUUUCAAAUGACAUAGCCAAUGGUCUUAUACCUUUUUUCUUAUGUGCUAACGUUGGUACUACUUCAUCAACUGCUGUUGAUCCUCUACCUGCAUUGGCGAAAGUCACUAGGACCAACAACAUUUGGUUUCAUGUGGAUGCUGCUUAUGCUGGAAGUGCUUGUAUAUGUCCAGAAUACCGCCACUUCAUUGAUGGGGUUGAAGAAGCUGAUUCAUUUAACAUGAAUGCACAUAAAUGGUUCCUUACUAACUUUGAUUGUUCCCUACUUUGGGUUAAGGAGAGGAGUGCUCUGAUUCAGUCGCUGUCUACAAAUCCCGAAUUUCUGAAAAAUAAGGCCUCUGAAGGAAACAUGGUUAUAGAUUACAAAGACUGGCAAAUUCCUCUUGGGCGUCGCUUUAGAUCAUUAAAACUUUGGAUGGUGUUGCGACUCUAUGGAUUGGAAGGCCUGCAAACUCACAUAAAAAACCAUAUUGCAAUGGCAGCUUAUUUUGAGGAGCUUGUUGUUCAAGACACAAGAUUCAAGGUCGUUGCGCCUCGAACAUUCUCAUUAGUUUGUUUUCGGCUUUUGCCUCCCCCGAACUCUGAAGAUAAUGGCAAUAAACUGAACCAUGAUCUACUUGACUUAGUAAACUCAACAGGAAGUGUUUUCAUAACACACACGGCUCUAUCAGGUGAGUAUGUUCUACGUUUUGUAGUAGGAGCACCGUUGACAGAAGUAAGGCAUGUGAAAGCUGCUUGGCAGAUUUUGCAAGAAAAAGCCACUGCUCUAUUAGAGAGUUUAUAGGAUGAUUCUGCUCUUGAGGCAUCCACUAUUUCUUUUCCUGUCAUCCUCGGUUUCAUAUAUCUGCAUCAAUUAUAUAGGCAUAGUUAAUUGAUUAGAAGAUUGUCUAGGAACAUUCAAUUGAUUACGAAUCUCACAUUAAUCAAAAAUUUUUAGCUCCCUGUCCCAGAUCAAUAAAGUGAAUAAGCAUACGCCUCCAAGUCAGUAAAUAAUGAUUAUUUGAUUUUAAAUAAUCAAUAAAGUUGUUUCUUUUGUGUUAAAAUGUGUAAUAUUGCUUCUUAGACUUGAGAAUUCGUAGGUAUUCUGCAACUAUUUGAAAGAACUAGAGUGAUCCUAAAGAGGUGUAUAGGAUAUGUUAAGAUCUAAAGAGUUAGAGUGAUGAAAUGAAAGUUUUAUUUAUUUA